AUGCUCUUUGCCAGGACCAUUGCAUCAACUGGAUUCAAAGCAUCAGCAACAGCUACUGCUCGCCGUGCUCAUCAUCGACCCCUAGGUCUCAUCGCCCGCACCCUCCUUACCAAUCACCAACGUCACUCCAUUCACACCACUCAAAACACCACGAACAACGAUAAUAACCAACAUGACCCAAUAUCCCUCCACGACCGGGGAAUACACCCCUCCCCCACAACGCUCUCCCUCCUCGCCUCCAAAUCCAUCCGCCCUUACUUUUACUUCAUCGAUAUCCACGGCCAAGUCUUUCUCCAAGACACCACUCCCAAGAACUUCACUUCUUGCUACAAGGAUCCAAAAUUCUUGAACUUCUUCAUGACCAGGAUUAGGGCCAAUACGACAGGGUAUUUUGGAGACGAGUAUCUCUGGCAGAGUCCUUGUGCGAAGGAGAUCAACUUUGUUGAGGCCGCUGAUACGCCUGUUGUCUUCCAUGGACUUGUCGACAAUGAACAACUGGUGUGGGCAGGAAACUUGCAGACGCCCUUCCAGCCAGACAAACUAAGCGUCUCGCUCUCCACAGGAAGAAUCUACCACCCCUUACCACCCGUCAUGGUCCAACCAUGCAGUUCAGACAAGGACGGAAACCCACUCCUGCCACUCGGACUCCUCAAAUCCUCACUCGUCCUUACCGAGUUUGCCGCCCUGCUCGACAAUGAUUCUUUCAUUUGGCAGGGUAAACAGUAUCCUGUUCUUCAUGUACCAUAG